AUGAGGUUGGAUUUGCGAUCCGAAGACUUCAAAUCGAUAGACGAAUUAGGUAGAGGAAAUGGUGGAACAGUAUGCAAAGUACUCCAUGUUCGAACAAAUACAAUAAUGGCAAGAAAGAUCGUCCACGUCGACGCUAACAUGACGGUUCGAAAACAAAUUAUGCGAGAACUUCAGUUUAUGCAUGAUUGCAACUCCAAGCAUAUUGUUAGUUUCUACGGCGCAUUUAUGAAUGGAGAUGAUAUUUCAAUAUGUAUGGAGUACAUGGAUGUGGGGUCUUUAGAUCAGAUAUACAAAAAGCACGGGCCGUUUCCAUUUGACGUAUUGAAGAAGGUUGCAUAUGCUAUAGUGGAUGGCUUGAUAUACCUAUAUGACGAACAUCGUAUUAUUCAUCGAGAUUUGAAACCAUCAAAUGUUUUAGUCAACUCCCAAGGCCAAAUAAAACUAUGCGAUUUUGGUGUCUCAGGGCAAUUGAUCAACUCGGUUGCUGAUACAUUUGUCGGCACAAGUUCGUAUAUGAGUCCCGAAAGAAUUAUGGGAUCGCCUUAUUCUGUAAAAUCGGAUGUUUGGUCUUUGGGUAUUACGUUAAUGGAGUUAGCACUCGGAAGAUUUCCAUUCCCUCCAGAGGGUACACCUUUAUCGAUAUUUGAGCUUCUCCAGCAUAUUGUACAUGAACCAGUCCCUGUAUUCCCUGCUAACAAAGAUUAUCCCAAAGAUUUGACUGACUUUGUUGCAAAAUGGUGA